GAAUAAACCUUGAGAAGAGUCUCCUUCAAUCUGCUGUUAGUAACUAACACACACGCACACACCGAGACUCAAUUACUGCCCAAUUCCCUUCUUUAUCAUUCGUCAUCGACCUCUUUCAUAAGCAAAAGCGACCUAGCAGGGGGAAAGACGCGAGAAGACGAACAAACAGGAGUGUUAGCCGAGCAUUUGUGGAAAUAAGUAAAGUGUCGAAACUAAAACAAGGUGUUACAGCAGUUAUGUCAAAGAGCUGAAGACACCUCAAACAAUAUGGAGUCUGGAGAACGGCUGGCCUCCCCUGCGCCCACCCUGUCUGCUGCUCGCACCUCCUCCCCUGUGGCCUCUUCCUCCUCAUCCUCCUCUUCGUCAUCUCCUGCUCCCCACUCAAAGAGCAGCCUGGCCCCGAGCCCCUCGGCACUCGGAUCCACUCUUAGCACCUCUGGCCGUCUGUUUGGAGCAGCAGGAGAGCAGCCCUUUAUUGGCUCCACAUUGUCAAGUGCCUUUCCUCUGGUGAACCACCCAGCCUUUGGAGCCCUCUACACUGCUGGAGUGGGCAGGCCGGAGUUUGGCGGCCUUGGCUCUCUUGGCAUGUCAGCUGCUCUGGCUGCCCACCCCCAGCUAGGAGCCCUCUCUGAGUGGUGGCGAGCUGCUGAAGCUCAUGGACGAGGAGCUGCAGCCUUUCUUCCUUCCUUUAUAGGUUUCCCGCCAUUUUUCACCCCCCACAUUCAGCCAAACCAUAGCGCUAGUCCUGUUCAGAUAAGAAUGCCUGGCAAGAACAACCAAGCAUCACCUAAAGGUGUGAAUGGGGCAGUAAAUGGCAGUGGAAUAUGUCCUCCCACAACACAGCAGGGGAGCUUUUUGGCAAGUAAUACCCCUGCACAGACAUCAACCAGUCUAACCAAAAAAGCAGAGCUUUCCAGUAGUCCCUGUAAGAAUAGCCCACCUAAGAUUGUGGAAAAACCCACCCCAAAAACCGAGAGGAGACAACGCAAGAAGACAGCAGAGGCUUCUGGUGUGAGUAAUAGUGAAACAGGCACAUCUUCGGACAGCUCAAGCGAUGGCUCCCUUAGCAGUGAUCUGGAGGACCUUGCAGAGGAUGAUGAAGAAGAUGAUGAAGAUGAGGAUGAGGAAGACGACAAAAAGAGUGAAUUUUCAGACUCUGAGAAACGAAUAAAAAAGAAAUCAAAGGUUCUGGUACCAAACACUGGAAAGACUGACAGACCACUCUCUGGGGUCCCUAUAGUAGAGCACCAGGACAGCAAAAAUAAUCACAUACAGACAGUCCCCUCCAAUCCCCCAACCCUCAUUCCCAUGGCCCGCUCGGUGUCUCCCCCUGUCCUGUCCCCGACCUCACCUCUGGCUUUGCACAGCUCCAGGUUAAGACCAGACGGGCAGCCACAGCAACAACACUUCAGUGUGAUCCAGUCCACUGGCCUAGCGCUAGCUGCUAACUCAAAGCCUCUGGCUCUCCUCACUCAGCCCCACAGGGAGUCUUCACCGUCUUCCUCUCCCAUUGCCCUCACCACCUCUCCAAAGGCGCUCUCCAACUCUUCCUCUCCCAAACCUCCCAGACUGUUUCCUUCCUCCUCCCCUCAGCACCUGCCCCUCUCCCUCUCCUCCUCCCCCAAGCCUGUUUCGGUGCCCUCCCCCCCACGCUCAGCCUUCCCGCUGUCUACCUCCCCAAAACAUUUCGCAUUGACCUCAUCUGUAACAAGCCCCCAGAAGUCCUCACUGAAGCCACCUCAGUACGCUGCUGCUGGCACUGCCAAAGCCAACAGGAGGAAACUGCUGGAGGACUCGCUUGCGCAGAUCAAUGAGUUCAGGCUGAAACAGACUCUCAUGUCCCAAGGGCAGACGUUCCCAUCUGAGCUUAGGAAGCAGGGGCCAAACAAGUCUCCCAAAGGGAAGUCUCUGUCUUCUUCACCAUUGCCACCCGCUCCACCUCCUCCACCCCAGAACAAUCACUCCAACCUCUUCCUCUCGAGUGCCCUGCUGGGGCUUCCUGAACCUAAUCACCCCAAUGGAGUCAUCCAAAGCACCACUCAGGACGCACCUUUGGCCCUCAUCACCAAACCUCGCAAAGACUCUGCCUCUCAAGGCAAAUCCCCUCAGUGCAACUCUGAUGGUGGAUCAAUGCCUGUCAAUCUUAGCACAGGGGCAAGUAGGACCCAAACAAGCGCCCAGGCUGGACUUCCGUCACAGCCGCCUACUACCUCACCUCAUGCCGCCAGUUAUGGAUCUAGAAAGAGCAAGACCCCAAAGUGUAAGGCACAGACUCCAGGACUGGCACAAGGACAGGGGCAAACAGGGCAUUUAGCAAGCUGGAAAGGCUUCUCCCAAAACCAUCUGGUACAGUCUUUAGUAGAUUUGUUUCGUGGAGGAGAGUCUGGGAUCGGGAUCCCAGGAGUUAGCAUCCCUGGUGUUGGGAUUCCUGGGGUCGGGAUACCUGGGACUUGUAACCCUGCAGCUGGUCUCCCUGCUAACAAGGAAUCUGAUGACUCAGGAGAUGAUGAUGAUGAUGAUGAGGAUGACCUUGAAGAGGAGGAUGAGGAUGAGGAGGAUUCUGAUGAUAGCUUGUCAGAAUCAGACAGCAACUCAGACAGUGACAUCUCUGGAAAGAAAGUGAAGGAGUCCAAGCAGCUGUCAUCUGUGUCAUCAAAAAAGGAGAUGACUCCCCGUAGGCUAACCAAAAGCCCAGAACUACUGAACACCUCAACCGAUCACACAGCCACCAGCUGCUCCCCUCUCAAUCUUCAGGUCAUCAAGACGCCCACUAUUGUCACCAGCUCCAGUGCCUUGGCCUAUCACAGCUCUCCUGGCUCCUCCUCGUACACCCUAGCCUCUCCCUUAGGUUUAGGAAAGAGGAAGCGGGUGAUGGAUGAGAAGGAUUUGAUGACACCUCUGGAGUUGGGGUGGCGGAGAGAGACUAGAAUCAAAAACGUGGCAGGUCGACCUCAAGGGGAGGUAGCCUACUACGCCCCUUGUGGGAAGAAACUGAGACAGUACCCAGAUGUGAUGAAGUAUCUAUCCAGAUAUGGAAUAAGUGGCAUCACGCGUGAUAAUUUUAGCUUCAGUGCAAAGAUCAGGGUUGGUGACUUCUAUGAAGCCAGAGAUGGACCCCAGGGUUUGCAGUGGAGCCUAUUGAAUGAAGAGGAAGUAAUUCCUCGUAUUUUGGCAAUGGAAGGUCGGAGGGGUCGUCCCCCCAACUCAGAGCGUCAGUUAGCGGGCGAAGGUGCCAAAGUUAACCGACGGAGGAAAGGACGACCCCCUAAUGUCGGUGAUCCAUUGCCAUUGGUGCCAGAAGGUCCCAGUCCCAGUGAGGUCAAACUCCUGCGGAAACUAGAGGCUCAAGAAAUAGCCCGACAGGCAGCCCAGAUGAAACUCAUGAGAAAACUAGAAAAGCAGGCAUUGGCACGUGCUGCCAAAGAAGCUCGGAAACAGCAAGCUAUCAUGGCAGCAGAAGAGAGAAGAAAGCAAAAAGAGCAGAUCAAGAUUCUCAAGCAGCAGGAAAAAAUCAAGCGUAUUCAGCAGAUUCGGAUGGAGAAAGAACUCAGGGCACAGCAAAUUUUGGAGGCAAAGCGGAAAAAGAAGGAAGAAGCCGCCAAUGCCAAAAUAUUGGAAGCUGAAAAGCGGAUAAAGGAGAAAGAGUUGAGGAGACAGCAAGCGGAGAUCUUGAAGCACCAGGAGUUGGAGAGGCAUAGACUAGAUAUGGUAUGGGAGAGAGAAAGAAGGAGGCAGCAUGUAAUGCUGAUGAAGGCUGUUGAAGCUCGCAAAAAAGCAGAGGAACGUGAGCGCUUGCGGCAGGAAAAAAGGGAUGAGAAACGGUUGAACAAAGAGCGUAAACUUGAGCAACGGAGGCUGGAGUUGGAGAUAGCAAGGGAGCUGAAAAAGCCAAAUGAAGACAUGUGUCUGUCUGAUCAUAAGGCUCUCCCUGAGUUCUCCCGAAUUCCUGGGCUCAUUCUUCCUGGACGCGCAGUGUCUGACUGCUUGAUGCUUAUGCAGUUCCUGCGAGGCUUUGGGAAGGUUUUGGGGCUGGACUUGAAUAUGGAUGUCCCAACACUGGGUAUGCUACAGGAGGGAUUGCUCAAUGUCGGCGACAGCAUGGGCCAGGUCCAAGAUCUUCUUGUCAAACUACUUUGUCUGGCAGUCUGUGACCCCGGUUUGCCCCCUGGACAGAAGACAAAGACCAUGCUGGGGGACCACUUGACCAAUGUUGGCAUCAACAGGGAUAAUGUGUCUGAGGUGCUACAGAUGUACAUGGGGGCCCAUUGUGCCAAUACUGAUCUGGCCCCUCUGGCCCUCAGUCUGAAGACCAAGGCCUUCCAGGCACACACUCCUGCCCAGAAGGCCUCCAUCCUGGGAUUCCUAGCUAACGAACUGGCUUGCAGCAAAGCCGUUAUCAGUGAAAUUGAUAAGAACCUGGAUCAGAUGGCAAACAUGAGAAAAGAUAAGAUUAUUAUGGAGGGUAAACUUAAGAAGUUGAGGACUAUUUAUGCCAAACGCACUGGAAAGAGGGAGGCCAGUGUGGGUGUAGAAGAGAACCAGUCUAUUGGUACUCCGUCAUCUGCUGCGAAACCCAAGAGGAAACUUGGUGGCGACAGCGAUGAUGACGAUGAAGACGACGAGGACAGUGACGAUCCGGCCGAUGAUGAUGAGGAUGAGGAUGAGGAAGAUAUUAAGAAGGUUAAAAAAAUGGAGACAUAUGAUGAGGAUGAAGUUGACCAUGCCACCAGUGUGGAGGAGCUGGAAAAGCAGAUAGAGAAGUUAGCUAAGCAACAUCAUCAGACUAGAAGAAAGCUGUUUGAAAUAUCACAUUCCCUGCGCUCCAUGAUGUACGGCCAAGAUCGUUACCGACGUAGAUACUGGGUACUUCCCCACUGUGGAGGGGUCUUUAUUGAAGCCAUGGAGAGUGGAGAAGCUCCAGAGGAACUGGAGGAGGAGCGACAGAGAAGGAGGAGAGCGGCAGCAGAAGUCAUGGUCAAAGAAGAACCUUUGGAGUUUGACCUCCAGAAAGAGAAAUCCACCUUACUCUCUGGCUGCUCACAAGGCUUGGCGCAACAGAAGGAUGACAAGAAGGACUCUCCAACUCAGUUCUACCAACAACAAGGCUAUGUUUCUAACCUUUGUUCAGAUAAUCUCAGAGAAACGGUGAAGGCAGAGGACCAGGGGAGCCCUCAUGCUGGACAAAAUUGCAACCUCAUGGGUACUCCUCUUGCCACAACUAUCGUAAUGUCAUCCUCCCCCUCUCACAAUACCUCUGAACCAGCAGUAGCAAAAACUGCUGUGAUUAUCAAUAAUGACACUUCUAAUAUCCCUGGUCCAACUUCAACGUCUUUAUCUGUCCGGUGCCUGCCCGCCCUGCAUGAAAGCCCAGAGAACACUCCUUCGGCCUCAUCCCCCGCUCCUUCUCCACAGCUCACUCUCCAGGCCAAUGACCAGCUGCUUCGAGUCCUGACAGAGAGGAGCGGACACUGGUUCAGUCUGCUUCCUCGUGCCCCCUGUGACCUCUCUUCCCUCACUACAACCCCCCCUGGAGCACUGCAUGCCACUCCCCAGGCGUCCUCCACACCCAACAAACCCAAAUCUCCUCCUCCAUCACCUGCCCUUCCUCUCACCCCUUCUGCAGCAUCAGCCUCUGCCAGCCCACACCACCCAGCUGGCCUCCUCACGUACCCGCUCUCAGCUCUGCAGGUAAAGUCAGGUGGUUCAUUGCUAGGAGUGUCUUUGGGCAGCUGGCCCAGUGGCAUGGUAUGUCCCAGCCUGCCGCUGUGCAGCAGCCCCAGUCCCAUGCCAGGUCACUCUUUGGAGGGCAAUACUGCAGCAAGUGUGUCCAGUAAGAGUGACUCGCCUCUACCUCGCAUUGAGAAAAGUUCAUCCAUGCCAUCUCCUGCCGUGGAGAUUCCAAAAUCUCUGGACCACCCCAUGCCUCGCCCCAUCCCAGAGGACAUGCUGACAGGUUGGUGGCGUGUGUCUGACAUAGAAGAGCUGCGGGCCUUGGUCGGUGCACUCCACAGUCGAGGCAUCAGGGAGAAAGUCCUCCAGAGGCAGAUGCAGAAAUACAUGGAGAUCAUUCCCCAGGUCUGCACUAAACACAAGGAUGUGGCCAUGAUUGAACUGCGAGAGCUGGAGGAGAGCCAGGUCAGUGUGGAGUCUGUGCGAGGCUGGUGUGUGGAGGAGCAGGCCAUGGAGAUGGACAUCGCAAUUUUGCAGCAGGUUGAGGAACUAGAGAGGAAGGUGACUGCUGCCAGCUUACAAGUUAAGGGCUGGACACAUCCUGAUCCUCAGUCUGAGAGGGAAGACCUGGUGUAUUACGAGCACAAGCCCCCCACAAAAUCAGGGUCAGCAUCUGCUCACGUGGGAGACAGGGACUGCAAGGAUCACCCAGAGGAGCGGGGGGAGAAGGGCGGGGUGAUGCGUCACCUGGACAACCCAUUGGACAUAGCAGUGACACGUCUGGCUAAUCUGGAGCGCAACAUCGAGAGAAGGUACCUGAGGAGCCCCUUAGGUACCACCAUUCAGAUCAGGCUGGAUAAUGUGGGUACGGUCACUGUCCCUGCCCCCGCACCAUCCACUAGUGCUGACAGGGAAGGUGGUGAAGAGGAGGUCGCCCAUGGUAUGAAGGUGUGGAGGAAGGGCCUGAGUGAAGUACGCAGUGCCGCCCAGCUCGCUAUGUGUAUCCAGCAGCUACAGAGGUCCAUCGCUUGGGAACGCUCCAUCAUGAAAGUGUACUGUCAGAUGUGCAGGAAAGGGGACAAUGAGGACCUCCUGCUACUAUGUGACGGCUGUGACAAAGGCUGCCACACUUACUGUCACAAACCCAAAAUCACCAGCAUCCCAGAGGGAGACUGGUACUGCCCAGCUUGCAUAUCCAAGGCAAGUGGUCCAACUCCCAAAAGCAAAAAGCCUCCAAACAAACCAGUAGCAUCCAGCGGGGGAACUGGUAAGAAAAGCGCCGAUGCAAAAAAGAAUGGGAAGCAGGCAGGUAACGGAGAAGUGUCUGAAGACGACUCGGCCAGUGCCAGCAGUACACCCAAGAAAAGUUCAAAAGACAACAGCCGCAAGAGAAAAACAGAGGAAUGCUCACCUGUUGUGCCAACGUCCAACCAAGAGAGCCCCGUGUGUGUUAAAAGGGCCAAGACUGCUCGAGACAACAACAGAGACUUAGGUUUAUGCAGGGUUCUCCUUGCUGAGUUGGAGCGACAUCAGGAUGCCUGGCCUUUCCUCACACCUGUUAACCUAAAAUCAGUCCCUGGUUACAAGAAGGUCAUCAAAAAACCGAUGGAUUUCUCCACCAUACGUGAGAAGCUUGUGAGCAGCCAGUAUCAAAACCUGGAGACUUUCAUCAUUGAUGUCAAUUUAGUGUUUGACAACUGUGAAAAGUUUAACGAGGACAAUUCCGACAUUGGUCGAGCUGGUCAUAACAUGAGGAAGUUCUUUGAGAAACGCUGGACUGAGCUUCUAAAACAAACCAAUUAAAAUAACCAAUCAUCCUUCUUCUCUUCAUCCUCUAGAACCCAUUCUACUUUUCAUAUAGGUGCACCAGGUUUUAAUUUCAUUGUUGUGCGCUAAGAGAGAUGCCACCUUGAAAUGAGUUGUUACGUGAAGUGCGCUGGAUUUAUUACAACAGGGAUCCAAAACCCCAAAGACUCCCAGAGAAAUGGGGUACCGUAGUGCAAUACCACUCCCUGUGUCAGAACACUGCACUGAAAGAAUCUUCACUGAUGUGUCUGCGCUAGAAUACUUUCCACUACCUGUAAAUAGUUUUGUUUUUUUGUUAUUUAAUCGUAUAGUGAAUGUAUUUAAUUUUGUAAUAAUUAUUUAUGAAUCAAGGUCCACUUCAUUUUCUAUGAAAAGGAAGAAUCAAAAAAGGAAUGUGUCUGUGUUCUAAUUUUUCACCCAAAUAUCCAGCAAAGCCAAGAAAAAAAAACUGUUUACACUGUUCAGUGCUUUGGGCAUCAGAGGACUGUAUUCGUUUGUUCCUACUGUAAAACUGCAUUUAUUCACAGGAACAGCAGAGAGACAGUUAGACAAUGGGGAUUCAUGUGUAUAUACUGUUUAUUAAUGUCAAUAUUUUGUCUUGUUUUAAACGAUGUGUACAAAUGGUUUAAGAAUAUUAAGAUAUUGUUUAUGCCUUAGAAUGAUUGUAGCAUUCUAUUUUAGUGAACGUGAUGAAAACAUUAUCAUAAAUAUUGUUUGUACAGUAUAUACAUAUCCUCUGCAAACACUGUGGUAUCCUUAAUCUUGGUAGUGCCUACCCUUCCAACAGGGGCAUGUAGGGGAUGUUAUUGUUUUUUUUUGUUUUUAUGACAUUAUUUUUUAUAUGAUUUCAAUCCAACAAGGCCUCCAAAGUUGGACAAAGACACAGACAUCAUUCCUCACCAUAGAUAUGAAAACAAGGAACAACAAGCAUUCACCAAUGCUUCCGUGCUCAUCUGCGCAGAGGACCUAAAGGCCAUUUGUAACCACUGUGUUGAACCUUGCUGUGUGUUGUGGCCUGAUGGGGGCAGCUAGAUUUUUUUGUACCCAAGUCAAAAGUACUUGAAGUUACUUUAUUUAAGAUAUUGUGGAAAAAAGUAUCAUUCUUUUGUAGGAGCUUUAUUUUUCACUAGUGUGUGGCACGGACCUAUUAAAAGGAUGUUUUUCAACGUAAAAGAAAUGGACAUUGUUUUUCUUUAAGUCCUAUUUUUCCGAAUGUAAUUCACAACAAUACAGUUUAUGCUUAAACGUGUCUGAGAUCCUAUUAGAUGUGCUGCUUUACAUUAAUGGUCAUUCACCUGGGUGAUAAAAUACCUAGUAAAAAUCCAUCCAUCCAUCCAUUUUCUAUACCGCUU